AGCUGUGGAGGGCUCCACAGUUAAAUCUCCUAAAUGAGGACACAGUGUAAUGCGUGAUAGGGAAUUGUUGUUUUUGAGACUGUAAAUGAGUUUCAGUCUAUGGAUAAAUUCUUGAAUUUGGAUAGACUGGAGGAAACGGGGUGCAACAUGAAGGUCGCCUGCUUUUCUGUAGGAGUGUUUUUUUCCAGAGGCUUUCCUGCAAUUGUAAAAAGACACGCAUUCGAAGGAUCUUGUGAGUCUAAAUAUACUAGCCUGAGGGACAUGGAUUUAUAAUGUGCGCUGAUGUGGAGCUCCAGUUUGAACGCCUGACCAGGGAGUUGGAGGUGGAACGACAGAUUGUUGCUAGUCAGCUGGAAAGAUGCCGACUGGGGGCAGAGUCGCCUAGCAUUGCCAGUGUCAGGGAGGAAAAUUCCAGCUCAUCUGAGAAGUCCUUCCCCUGGAGAUCAGGAGGUACAACUGCUACAGUCUGCAAUUUGAUGUUUCAGACGUUGAAGAUUGAUUCUCUCACUACAGAUGCCCCAGGAGCAGGAGGGACCAAAUCUCGCGUGACUGAACCCUCUCAGUCCACGUCCUACAGAAUCAGAACCGAACAGGAACAAGUGACACUCUACUCACCCGAACAGGCUUCUCUCCAUGAAAGUGAGGGGUCUGUGGGAAAUUCGCAUAGUUCAACGCAGAUGAACUCGUACUCCGAUAGUGGUUACCAGGAAACCAGCAGUUACUACAGCAGCCAGAAUCUGGUGAAGCCAGAGCUCAGGCUGCAGCAUUCCUUCCCUGGGACCUCGAGUAGCUCCACUCUGAUGAGAAGCACAAGAGCAGAAGGACAGACCUUAGUCCAGGCGCCUGUGAACAUUGCUCCUGCGUCUGCACGGGUGAUGAGGAGAGUGAGCUCUGUGCCGUCACGCACCCAGUCCCCAGCCUACGGCAGCAGCAUCUCGCCGUCCCGAGGGUCCUUGAGGACUUCCCUGGGCAGUGGUUACGGCUCCCCAGCGGCCGCUGAGCCCAAGCCCCUCGCCAACGUGUUUUCAGCCACCACACUCCCCCCCUCGCAGAGCCCCGGCUCCCCUUUCGCCGCCCAGAAGACCGGCUCCCCGGCUGCAGUGCGGAGGGUGGGCUCCACGAACUCCCGGCAGUCCGCGAACGCCAGCCGGGGCACCUCGCCGUACCAGGUCCUGGGGAAUUCCGCCCGAAUGGGCUCCCCUCUGACGCUGGUGGACGCUCAGACGAGGGUAGGCUCCCCCUCGCACCCCCAGCCGAGCAGCUCCAAUUCCCCGGUUCGCUCCAGCAUGACCGCGGUCCCACAGCACUAUGGGUCCACUUUGCAAAGAACGCUCCAUCACGACCCCGAUCCGUACGGGCAGCAGUCGUACGACAUCUACGAGAGGAUGAUCCCUCCGCGUCCAGACAGCCUCACAGAACUACUGGUAGAUGCGGUACAAGGAUUACGGAGCUCCUAUGCCAGUCAGCACAGUCAGCUGGGACAAGAUCUCCGAUCCGCUAUGUCUCCGGAUUUGCAUAUUACACCCAUCUAUGAGGGGAGGACUUUUCAGAGCCCUCUGUACCGCAGCCCAAAUCACGGCACAGUGGAGCUUCACCAUGGAACGCAGACUGCAGUCUACAGGCCCAGCUCAGGUGCUGGAAAUCUACAAAGGACCUCCAGUCAGCGCAGUGCGAUGACAUACCAAAGAAGCAACUAUGCCCUGAACACAACAGCCACCUAUGCAGAGCCCUACCGAACAGCACAGUACAGACCCUCUGAAUCUGGUUAUUCCAGACAGGCUGUUCCUGUGGAUGAUGGCACAACAAGGUCACCGUCCAUAGACAGCAUUCAGAAAGACCCCAGGGAGUUUGCUUGGCGAGACCCAGAGUUGCCUGAGGUGAUUCAUAUGCUGCAACAUCAAUUUCCUUCAGUUCAGGCCAACGCAGCGGCUUACCUGCAGCACCUGUGCUUUGGAGAUAAUAAAGUGAAAAGCGAGGUCUGUCAUCUGGGCGGUAUCAAGCACCUGGUCGACCUUUUGGACCAUAAAAUCCUUGAGGUGCAGAAGAAUGCCUGUGGAGCACUGCGGAAUCUCGUUUAUGGAAAAGCCACCGAUGACAACAAAAUAGCUGUGAGGAAUGCUGGUGGGGUCCCUGCGUUACUGCGGCUGCUGAGAAAGACGGUAGAUGCCGAAGUGAGAGAACUUGUCACAGGGGUGCUGUGGAACUUAUCGUCUUGCGAUGCAGUAAAAAUGACAAUCAUACGGGAUGCCUUAAGCACACUGACAAACACUGUGAUAGUCCCACAUUCUGGCUGGAACAGUUCGUCCUUUGAUGAUGAUCGCAAACUGAAAUUUCACUCUUCCCUUGUACUUCGAAACACCACAGGUUGUCUGAGGAAUCUCAGCUCGGCCGGGGAUGAGGCGCGAAAACAGAUGCGGACGUGCGAGGGGCUGGUGGAUUCUCUGCUGUAUGUCAUCAAGGCCUGUGUCAGCACGUCUGACUUUGACAGCAAGAUUGUGGAGAACUGUAUUUGCACAUUAAGGAACUUGUCAUACCGUCUGGAACUGGAGAUGCCUCAGACUCGUCUGCUGGGAACCAAUGAGCUCGAUGGUUUGCUGGGGAACGAAUCUCCAAGCAAAGAUGUAGAUUCUAGUUGCUGGGGGAAGAAAAAGAAGAAGAAAAAGAAAUUGGCACAAGACGACCAGUGGGAUGGAGUUGGCCCAAUUCCUGGAUUCUCUAAGCCUCCCAAAGGUGUUGAAAUGUUGUGGCAUCCGACUGUAGUGAAACCUUAUCUAACCCUCCUUGCGGAAAGUUCCAACCCAGCUACAUUAGAAGGAUCAGCAGGGUCUCUUCAGAAUCUUUCAGCAGGCAACUGGAAGUUUGCAGCCUAUAUCCGGGCAGCUGUCCGAAAGGAAAAGGGUCUCCCCAUCCUUGUGGAGCUGCUGAGGAUGGAUAAUGACCGGGUGGUGUGUUCUGUAGCAACGGCCUUAAGAAAUAUGGCCCUGGACGUGCGAAACAAGGAACUUAUAGGCAAGUAUGCCAUGAGAGACCUGGUCAACCGUCUUCCAGGCGGCAAUACGACAUUACUGUCUGAUGACACUGUGGCAGCUAUCUGCUGCACCCUGCAUGAGGUCACCAGUAAAAACAUGGAGAAUGCCAAGGCCUUGGCAGACACUGGGGGCAUCGAAAAGCUGGUGAAUAUCACUAAAGGAAGAGGAGAAAGGUAUUCGAUGAAAGUUGUGAAGGCUGCAGCUCAGGUGUUGAACACACUGUGGCAAUACAGAGACCUGCGCAGCAUCUAUAAAAAGGAUGGCUGGAACCAGACCCACUUCAUUACUCCGGUGUCCACUUUAGAGCGAGACAGGUACAAGUCACAUCCUACUUUACCAACCAGCAACCUGCAGAUGUCGCCAGUCAUCCAGUCAGCUGGUAGUGCAACAUCAUCACCUGCUUUGUUAGGAAUAAAAGAGCAACGUUCUGAUUAUCAGAGGACACAGCCAUCUAUGCAAUUUUACAACUACCAAGGAGACAACAAUGUACAUAAAAGUCAGUACACAGGGUCUGGGAAGCCAUCUCCAUUUUAUAUAGGUUCGUAUUCUUCGCCACCGAGGGAGGAAUCAAGGAGAACACAGCAUCAACAGCUGUAUUAUAGCCAAGAGGACCCCAGCAGGAGAAACUAUGACACCUACAAAGUUUACCUGCAAUCUCCACACAGCUACGAAGACCCCUACUUUGAUGAACAACUUCACUAUCCCUCUGCUACAGAGUAUACUUCCCAACCGCAUGGACUCAAAACAACGACAAACUACGUGGACUUUUAUUCCACUACACGGCGGCCUUCUUACAGAGCGGAACAGUACCCUGGAUCACCAGACUCUUGGGUAUAGAGGGAUUUCUUUUUUAAAAAGAGGCUAAUUUGAUUAAUUGUUUUCUUUGUUCGUUUUUUAAGUGAGCUGAAUGUGUCUGAUGGGAAAGAGAAUGUGAACCAAAGAAAGGGAUCAAGGAGGUGUUAAAAUGAGAGAACCAUGAAUUUGGUUUGACGGGGGCGUAAGGAGAUGUGUCAGAGUCUGCUUUGCUCUGUCCAGAUUUCAGAACUUUUUAUUUGUAGCUCUUGUAGAUUGGUGAAGGUGUGGGUCACAUGAUGAAAGGCUUGCAGUAGAGAAAAAGCUGAGGAAAGUGUACGUAGGCCAGAAUUAAUCAAGAUUUCAUAUCUAUGAAGAGAAUUUAACGAUGUACAGAGGAAUCAAAUUGUAUUCCUUUUUUGUUUUAUUGCUGUACUUAAAACUGAGAUUGUGUAUGCCAUCAAGUCUUGUACAUUUUCUUCAUUUCUUGUAAAUACAAAACAGAAAAUAAGCCAACUUGUUCUAAGAUCAGCAGCUCUGGUAAAGACAUGUGCCAUGUGAAAAUUAUAUAUAUUUAAAAAAAAAAUCUGGCAUCAUUACACAAGCAUUCAAAUGCUAAUAAACUACUUUUUUGUUUUUAAAUGGAUUGUGUAAUUGAAAACAUAGAUAUAUUAUCUUUAUUUUUCCAUUUCCUGUCCUGUUUCUUUCAUGGGAUAGUUCACUGCCAUUUUCUAUGCACAUGAAACAGAAAUAAAUGUGAACGUUUUGUCCAUGGAAA